AUGGUGGAUGUUGAAAUACCAGCGUACUUCAUAUGUCCCAUAUCGCUUAUGAUCAUGAAAGACCCGGUAACGGUGGCUACCGGCAUCACCUACGACCGAGAAAGCAUCGAGCAGUGGUUUUUGACGACCAACGAGAUGUCGUGUCCGGUGACCAAGCAGCUCUUGCCAAGUGACAACAGCAACGACUCUAUGACGCCCAAUCACACCCUACGCCGGCUGAUCCAGCAGUGGUGCACUGUCAACGCCAUUAACGGCGUGGACCGAAUUCCGACGCCGAAAUUUCCUCUGAACAAGAUCUACGCCGUUAAGCUGGUCAGGGAUCUUGGGGUCCCUCAUUUGCAGCAAGCCGCGUUGAAGAAAAUGGAUGCACUUGCAACGGAGAAUGAGAGGAACAGGAGAUCGAUGGCUGAAGCAGGUGUGGGAAAGGCUUUGAUAUUGUUAAUUGUGACAUGUUUCAAGGAAGGUAAAACAACCGGUCUUUUAGAAGCUUUGAGAGUUCUUCAUCAUGUUUGGAGUGUAGAUGAAGAAACCAAGGUUUCUGUAAUCGGAAACAACGACUUUCUGGAAUCUUUGACAUGGGUUCUAGGGUUUGAUCAUGAGACUGGUCAUAACCAUAUGCUACUCCUGAAAACAGAAGCGAUACUAGUAUUGAAAAUGACGAUACCAGUCAUCAAUACAGCACAGCUCGAGCUGUUAAAGCUGGAAUUAUUCAUGAAUAUUUCAAGGCUACUAUUGGAGAAGAAGAUCUCACAGCAAGCUGUCAAAUCUGCACUGCAUGUGCUGGUAGAAGCAUGCCCAUGGGCAAGAAACAGAAUGAAAAUAGUCGAAUCCGGCGCAAUCUUCCAGCUCAUUGAACUCGAAUUACUCAAACCCGAAAAGCACGUCACCGAGCUGAUCUUUAAUUUAUUGGCGAAUUUAUGUUGCUGUGCUGAUGGGAGAGCUCAGUUCCUAAAGCAUGGCGGCAGCAUAGCAAUGGUGUCUAAGAGAAUCCUUAGGGUUUCGCCUGCCACAGAUGAUCUGGCCGUUCAGAUACUUUCAUCGAUCUCAAAGUUCUCGGCGACACAUGAAGUUGUUCUAGAGAUGCUGUUGGUUGGAGCUGUGUCAAAGCUUUGCAUGGUAAUGCAAGCAGAUUGUCCAGCCUAUUUGAAGAAAAAGGUUAGAGGGAUCUUACGGUUGCACUCUAAUGUGUGGAACAAUUCACCUUGUAUUGCCGUAUAUCUUUUAACAAGACCUAGGUAA